UAUAAGCAGAACAUAAUCUUAGACCCUUCCUCUCACUAUCUCAUUUUCCUUCCAAAACGCCUUUCUUUUUUCCUCACCAAAUUCUCAUUUGUUCUUUUAGUGCAGUUGCCCGUCGUUACGCUAAAUGAAGAAACUGGUUUGGCAGAAGUCAACUUGAAAGAGAAGCUUCCUUUGACCAUUAGAAAGCAACCAGUAGCCACAUCCUUUGUGCUGUUUGACACGUUAGUGAUUGUUGACCCAACUGCAGAAGAAGAAGACUUGUCAACUGGGAUGCUGACUAUUGUAACUGAUGAAGAAGGCAAACUGUGUUCUGUUUAUAAACCAGGAGGAAGUGCCCUCGCGGAAGCAAAACUUCAAGAUUGUAUCAGCCGAGCAAGAGCCCGACAAAAAGAAGUGAACAAACUAAUGGACAAAGUGACCACAAGCCUAAAACCAAUAUAAUUUGGGGGGAGGGGCUUUAAACAUUGUUAGAAUAUUAUCAGUCACUGUGCUCAAACAUCAUCUUAAAUCCUACAGUUGUGAAAUUCUGUAACUUCAAACUGUCAUUCCACUUUGAGAGAUAUAGAGUGCUGCCCGAUUGGUAAAGUGCAUUUUAAAGUAGGACUUGCUUAGGAAUGUUAAUUUCUAUAGAUUUUUUUAAAAAAGGAAACUGUAUAAAUAAAAUAAAUAUAAUAAACAUAUAACACAUGUAAAUAUAUAACAAAUAUAUUAUAUAUAUUUGUUAUAGAGAUGGAAAGCAAAUAAUGUAACAUCACUUAUCCAGCAGUAAAAGUGUCACAGUUAGGAGUAAAAGCAGAAGACAUUCUUCACCAGAGAAACUGUAUAUUUGCAUUCAGAUUCUUGAAGAGAAGUCUGGCAGACAGCAUGCAGAAGAAAACAUACAGGAGACCCCACAGGAGGACAUGAGAUGUCGCUGACAUCUCGCCUUACCAAAAAGAAGAUGAAGAGCAGAGUAGUUGUAAUAGACAACUCUGUUCUUCAUGGGACGGAUACUGAAAUAUACUUGGAAAAUCUGUGGACCCGCCAGGUUUAGCUUGGUUUUAA